GCGACAAAAUGCGUCAUUUGGAAAAGGCAGGUGCUCAUGAAAAUCUCCAACUAUAAUUUAGCGCACAAGUCUUUCUUGAUGAAAUAUCCAAUCGAUGAAAUAUCCAAUACAUAUUUUGUUAAAUGUUGUCUUGUUAUUUAGCAAAAAUAAUAUACUAUUUUUUUAUUUACACAUUUAAAUGGUUUUAUAUACAGCAGCCUUUAGUAGGUUCUAUCAGAGGUUUCUUUCUGGUUGCACGUCCAUGCACGAAUUUUGUGUUGGUUAGGUAUAUGUGUAUGUACGUACAUGAUUGUAAACAAAUAUGCCGGCAUACAAGCAGUCACAUUAAGAAAUGUAGAUUAAUUAAACAAGAAUUUUUUUCUGGCUGUGUAACAUUAAAUGCUGUUAUUUUUGUAAGUGACGUAACGUAGAAGAUUAAUUGAGCUGAGCAAAAUGCAGGAAUCCGUGAAGUUCAAUCUUAAAGAGGUUAAAUCGGAUCUUCUGCAUGCGAUACGCGAAUGCUCCCAGCGCGGUUUGCUACAUACUACCAAAUGGUUAGCGGAAUUAAAUUAUUCUUUGAAAAAUGUAGAUAUAGAUGAUUUGACUAUACAUGCCAAAGUACCAGAGGUCAGCGAAGCAGAGGAUAUCUAUACCUUAGCUAAAACAUAUUUUGAUCUAAAGGAGUACGAUAGAGCAGCUUAUUUCACAAUGGACUGUGUAAGUCCUAAGAUUAGAUUUUUACAUUUGUAUUCACGUUAUUUAUCAGGAGAAAAAAAGAAGAUAGACGACAUGACGGAUGUACCGCCAGAUCCUCUGAAGAACGAGACUUUAAAAUACCUUUGUGCCGAUCUAAGAUCAGAUCAUUUGGCAUCGAAACUAGAUGGUUAUGGAUUAUAUCUUUUUGGUGUAACGUUAAAGAAGCUACAACUCAUUAGAGAAGCUACAGAUGUUCUAGUGGAAUCUAUUCAUAAGGAACCUAUGCAUUGGGGUGCAUGGUUAGAACUGGCUGCGUUAAUCACAGAUAGAGAGAAGCUAGAGAGCUUAUGCCUUCCUAAUCAUUGGAUGAAAUAUUUUUUUAUGGCACACAUGUACUUAGAAUUACAGCUCAUAGAUGAAGGCUUAGCGUUAUAUUGUCAAUUGCAAUCGAUGGGUUUUCAGAAAAAUGGUUAUGUUUUAGCUCAAACUGCAAUUGCAGUGCAUUAUAGAAGAGAUGUUGAUAAUGCAAUAGAAACUUUCAAAAGAAUAAUAGAUGAAGAUCCAUAUUGCCUUGAUAACAUGGAUACAUAUUCGAAUUUACUUUAUGUGAAAGAAAUGAAAGUUGAAUUAGCAGAUUUGGCGCACAGGGCUACCGAGAUAGAUAAAUACAGAUUAGAGACUUGUUGUAUAGUUGGAAAUUAUUAUAGUUUAAGAGCUGAUCAUCAAAAAGCAGUGAUGUAUUUUCACAGAGCAUUAAAAAUGAAUCCUCAAUAUUUAUCAGCUUGGACAUUGUUAGGUCAUGAAUUUAUGGAAAUGAAAAAUACCAAUGGUGCUAUUCAUAGUUAUAGACAGGCAAUUGAGGUGAACAGACGAGACUAUAGAGCAUGGUAUGGUUUGGGUCAGACAUAUGAAAUCUUGAAAAUGCCAUUUUAUGGAUUAUAUUAUUAUAAACAAGCUCAGCUUUUAAGGCCUCAUGAUAGUAGGAUGGUUCUAGCCUUGGGCGAAGCAUAUGAAAAGCAGGAUAAAAUUCAAGAUGCACUCAAAUGUUAUUACAAGGCAUGUAAUGUAGGCGAUAUAGAAGGAAUGGCACUCUUAAAAUUAGCAACAUUGUAUGAAAAAUUAGGAGAACACGAUCAUGCAGCGGCAGCUUAUUCAGAUUUUGUAAUGGAUGAAUUUCGAAGUGUCGAUAGAACAGAACUGAGUCACGCAUAUAAAUAUCUCACACAGUAUCACUUAAAGAAGGAACAAUUGGAUCAAGCUAAUCACUAUGCACAGAAGUGCCUUACAUUUGAUGAAACAAAAGAGGAAGCAAAGGUGUUAUUACGAACUAUCGCUGAAAAAAGAGUGAAAGUAGAAGAAACUUCUAUGGUGGUGGAUGAUAUGAAUGAAACGGAUCCUGUGAUUGAGCAAAGAGCGCGAACGGAUGCAACACCUGGAAGUCAACUAUCGCCAAUGAAUCUUUCGUUCACACCUACACCAUAAAUAAAAAGGAUAUUUUCCGUUUACAGUAUAUAAUUUUAAUGCUUAUAAUUUUGUACAUAAAUACAAAAGAUUCAUUUUUUGUAUUAUAUAUUUUUGUAGUAAAUUUUUUUUCCCUAACGGUAUAAUAAACGGUUAAAAUUUCUCGAUGUGUUAAGUGCAAGUAGCUGUAAUUGAUUAUUGGAUAGCAUAUGUAUAUAUGUCGUAUAUAUAAAUUAUAAAAAAGUUUGCAAAAUUUCAAUUUUUUUCACUGAUCGGAAAAAAGAUU